AUGGCUGCCAACGCGACCCAGUCGGCCUUCACUUCGGUGUUGGCCAGCACCAACUUUGCCGAAAUCGAUUUCGAGAGCAAUGUCCACUACCUCCUCGACACACUCAAGACGACAAGCGUAUGGACGUACCUCGUCACCCUCUUCUGCUUGUGCGUGGUGUACGAUCAGGUCAGUUACAUCACCAGCAAGGGCUCAAUCGAGGGCCCGGCCAUGAAGUUCCCCUUCAUGGGCCCCUUCUUGCAGUCCGUCAACCCCAAGUUCGAGGAAUACUACGCCAAAUGGACCAGCGGUCCCCUGAGCUGUGUCUCCGUCUUCCACAAGUUCGUCGUCAUCGCCUCGACCCGCGACAUGGCGCGCAAGGUUCUCAACUCCCCCGCAUACGUCAAACCCUGCGUCGUCGAUGUCGCUCACAAAUUGCUCGGUGCCGACAACUGGGUUUUCUUAGACGGCAAGGCCCACGUUGACUUCCGCAAGGGCCUGAACGGCCUCUUCACCCGCAAGGCCCUCGAGUCCUAUCUGCCAGGUCAGCAAGAUGUCUACAACCGCUACUUCAAGAAGUUUGUGCAAAUCACAAAGGACAAUGGCGGCAAGCCCAUCCCCUGGAUGGGCGAGUUCCGCGAGAUCAUCGUCGCCGUUUCCCUCCGUACCUUUGUCAACCAGUACAUGAGCGAUGACAUGGUCAAGAAGAUCUCGGACGACUACUACCUCAUCACCGAAGCCCUCGAGCUUGUCAACUUCCCCAUCAUCAUCCCCUACACCAAAACCUGGUACGGCAAGAAGGCCGCCGACAUGGUCAUGAUCGAGUUCUCCAAGUGCGCCGCCAAGUCCAAGGCUCGCAUGGCUGCUGGCGGUGAGAUCGGCUGCAUCAUGGAUGGCUGGGUCGACCAGAUGCUCAAGUCCGAGAAGUGGCGCGAGGCGCAGGCCAAGGGCGACGACAGCGUCGAGAAGCCCCAGCCCCUCCUCCGCAUGUUCGGCGACUACGAGAUCGCCCAGACUUUCUUCACCUUCCUCUUCGCUUCGCAAGACGCCACCAGCAGCGCCGCCACCUGGUUGUUUCAGGUCACUGCCCAGCGCCCUGAUGUGCUCGACCGUAUCCGCGAGGAGAACCUCAAGGUCCGCAACGGCGACAUCCACGCCGAGCUUGACAUGGACAAGCUCGAGUCGUUGGCCUACACCCGCGCUUGCGUUCGCGAGCUUCUGCGCUGGCGUCCUCCGGUCACCAUGGUUCCUUACGCGGUAAAGAAGCCCUUCCCCAUCACCGACUCAUACACCGUGCCCAAGGGUGCCAUGGUCAUCCCGACGACAUACAUGGCUCUCCACGAUCCCGAAGUUUACGAGAACCCCGAUAGCUUCGAUCCCGACCGUUAUUACAGCGGUGACGCUGAGGAGAAGGGCGCCAAGAACUACCUGGUAUUCGGCACCGGUCCUCACUACUGCAUCGGCCAGCAGUAUGCUCAGCUGAACCUGGCGCUCUUUAUUGGAAAGGCCUCGCUCAUGCUCGACUGGAAGCACCAUGCCACACCAAUCUCCGAGGACAUCAAGGUCUUUGCGACCAUUUUCCCCAUGAUUCGCACAAUGGCAGUCCCUCAACGUGCCUUGGGGGGCAUGCUCUUCCGUGCAGCGGUGACUGGCAGAACCGCCACGACAGCUCUGCGCACCGCGUCCCGCGCUUCUUCGCACAUCGUUUCCUCGCACUCAACACUUCGUCCUGCACAUGGGCCUCGUGUGCCGGGCCUACGAUGGUACUCUAUCAACAAGCCUAUCGCCCCGGAAAGCAAGAUCUAUAAGUAUGACGAUGUCGUCGAGGCGAUGGAGACGAAGAAGACCAAGGACGGGAGGCCGAGCUACCUGAUCGACGUACGCGAACCUGCGGAGUUACAGUCGACCGGCCGUAUCCCCGGCGCCAUCAACAUUCCCAUCACAACCGCGGUGCAAUCCUUCCACAUUUCGAACGAGGACUUCGAGGACAUGUACGGCUUCGAGCGGCCGCCCAAGGAUGCGCAUCUGGUGUUCUACUGCAAGGCUGGAGUCAGGGCCAAGUCAGCGGCUGGGCUAGCGGUACACGCUGGGUGGGAGAGCAUAGGAGAGUACCCUGGGAGCUGGCUGGACUGGGAGAAGAACAAUGGCAAGGUCGAGUCUGUCAGGGGGAACAACUAA